UGUGCAUACACAGUGUAUAAACUCACAGAAUUAGAAGCAGCAUAAUAUUACGUAAACAGUUUAUAUGCUCAUGUAAAUAUAUCAUUUUACAAAAUGUAUAGAAGGACGUCGCUUUCAAACUAUUUAAGAGAUUAUAUGUCUGAUACUGAAAGCGGGGAAAUAACGUCUACAGAUGAGGAGGAAGACAUUAUUCAGAAACCUGCAAUUCAGGCAAAGUCUACGAUUUUUACAUUAGAUUUCUCGGCUCACUUGUCAACUCCUUUAUCUAAUGUGAUGUCAUAUCGUGCCAUUAUUUUUGACAUUGUGGAUGCGAAUAAUGGCAAUUCUUACAAUGAGAUGACAGGACGAUUUACAUCACCGUUUAAAGGAAUAUAUGUCUUUUUUAUUACAAUUACCAGCACCGAAAAACUGAAAGCGUCGCUUUGUUUUAUGCACAGGUUUAAACCAGUUUUUCAAUCAAAAGUAAAAGAAAUUGAGCAUUCAGUUGAAGGCUAUAACACAAGGACUGUGGCUGUUGUACUCAAUCUUGAUAAAGGAGAUAAGGUUUGGGUAUUGAACUGUACUAAGGUGUCAGAAGUUAGUCAAAUGUUCGAGCCCUAUUAUACAUCAUUUUCAGGAGGAUUAAUUGAAAAACAGAGCACUUUGUGAGUUUAUUUUAACAAUAUGUACAAUAGUGCACUUGUUACUAUUUUAUUAACACUUAGCCAUUAAUCAUGCAUUGAUUUGGCAAAAUCACUUUUCAGUAAUAACUGUCAUACAUAAACGGUUUAUAAUCUACAUAACUGAAGUUGAACUAUAAUCCUCCUUACCAUAUACAUUAUCUUACUAAUGGUUGAUAAACUACAAUGGUAUAAUAACGUUACUGGAAUUAUCUCUUGUGAUUUAGAAUAAACCUUGUUUACACUAAUGAAAUAUGUAAUGUAUAUUUUUCUCAAGAACACAUUUUGUAAAUUUCA